AUUCAUAUUGUUAAUGGUCAGGGCAAUGAGAAGAAAUGAUAUUGAUACUUGCUUAUUUUCUUUUAUUCUAUGGCGCUCAAUUACGUGGAAGAUGAACGCCGAAUAAACGAACUUAAUUAAAGUAUACUUACUUUAGAGACGCUUCGAACAGCUGUCUCUGUGAUUGAAUUCUGGCCGUCGUGGCGUUACCACAUGUGCUCGGGCUAACACUUCAAUAAAUUGUUCUCCGUGAAAUUAUCUAUUCACUGUUGUGUUUUCCUACUUUGUUAGUUACUUACAGUCUCGAUUAGCUGCUACGGACCAUGGAAGCAUAUUACUCGUGUAGCUGCUGCCUGGUGCGCCCUCCGGAUAAAGGCCUCAAGACUCUAUACAAUCAUCUUGGCAAAGCAGAGAUAUAUUGCGACAUGCUGAGAGAAUGCUUCGGUUUAAAUCUAAGCUUAGGAAAUGACGAGUGUGGGAUCUGCGAGGUCUGCGUGGGGCGGCUGCGGGACGCGAACAACUUCAAGCUGCAAGUGCAGCGCGUCCAGGACGUCCUGCACGCGCGGCUCACGGGAGCACUCCCUGCCACUGCAGGUGACAGCAUCGAAAUCAAGUUAGAGAAACCAACUGAAGAUGACGCCAUUUCGCGCGGGAUCAAGCAGGAGAGGCCAGAGGUGGAAAUAGCUGAUAGCAAAAUCGUACCAGUUGCAUUACACGAAGGAUCGCCAGCGCCUUUUGCUCAACCAGUUCCUACCGCGUCCCACAGCGUCUCGGUCGCGCCAGCUCCAAACGUUACCAGGCGCCGCUCUCACACUGGAGAGAAACCGUACGCGUGCAACAUAUGCGACAAAAGAUUCGGACAGAAAGGCCACUUAAAUGUUCAUUACGCAAACCAUAUAGGAAAAUUCAAAUUCUCUUGCGAAUUAUGCAAAAGGGGAUUCGUACACAAACAUCAAUAUGUUACUCAUAUGUGGAUACAUACUGGUGAAAAACCAUACGUAUGUGAUAUAUGCAACAAGAAAUAUAGGUAUAAAGGCCAAUUAAAACAACAUAAAAAUAGUCAUUUGAAAUAUGAUCAGAAUCGCGUAGAGCCAGGAGAAAUAACUACAUGCGAAAGAGGGUCAUCAGAAGAAUCAGAACAAGGACCCACAAAAGAUUUUACGUGUGAUAUAUGCAAAAAGCAAUUUGUAAAUAAAAACUAUUUAGCUGCUCAUUUCAAACAUCACUCUGGGGAUUAUCCCUUCACUUGCGACAUUUGUAAAAGGAAAUUUAAUACGCAGUUUGCCUUAAAUACUCAUAAAUUUGAUCACUCGGGAGGGAGACCUUUUAAAUGUGAAAAAUGCAAUAGGGGGUACACAACGAAAAGUGCUUUAACUCUACAUUUGAAAGUUCACACUGAGGAUUAUAAGCACGCAUGCCAUCUGUGUAGUAAACGGUUCAUAAUAAAGGAGUCUUUAAAUGUACAUAUGCGCGUACAUACGGGUGAAAAGCCUUAUACCUGUCUAACUUGUGAAUCUAAGUUCCGCUAUAGACGUGGCUUGAAGAUACAUUUAUUGGCGAAACACAAUCAAGUUAUGGACAAACAGUUCAGUUGUGAAACUUGUGGGAAACGAUUUUCAUUACAGGGGACUUUAGUAAAACAUAUGAACAAACACACUGUCCAUACUGAGAAGGAAGGGAGGAAGAAGGAAAAGAAGGAGAAGGAAACUGCAGAUAAAAAGAAAGACCUAGAAUUUAUGUGCGAAACAUGUAGUAAACGAUUUUCGUCAAUAGGUUUUCUAAAUAGACAUAGAAUUAUACAUAAUGAAGAAAAACCUUUCGAGUGCGAAGUAUGUCAUAAAAAAUACCGAACGAAGCCGAAUUUACAGGACCACAUGCAGGUGCACGAGGAAAAAAAACACUCUUGUGAAGUAUGCGGCCAGCAGUUCAGACAUAAGUCUGCCUUGUACGUUCAUAUCCGACGGUUACACUCCGAGAACAGACCACAUGUUUGCGAUAUUUGUAAAAAGACUUUUGUUGUUCUUGCUCAACUAAAAGAACAUCAUCGAGUACACACUGGCGAGAAACCGUAUGCUUGCGGAAUAUGCUAUAAGAAAUUUCCGUGGCGUAACGGGGUUAAAAGACAUCUAGUACAAGUUCACAAUGAGAAACCUACGAGAUUUGUUAAAUUAAACGAAUUGAAUAAAGAUGACUAAAUUAAAAGUGACUUGUUGUGUAAAAUACAUUGGAUGGAAGAGGGCACUGAUGAAAUCAUUUUUAGAAUUCCGUAGUCAAUUUAUACUAUUAUAGUUUCGCUAUGUUCGUCCGCGAAUUUGCUCAGUGAUCGUUACGUAUAUAAAGCUACAAUUUGGCGUGCGUAUAUAUUCACUCUUUAAAAAAAACAGCAAAAUAGUACAUUACGAUACAAGUGCGAAAAAUAGGAAAUUCGAAACGAGUGGCGAUAAAUUAAAACACGACCGAAGGGAGUGUUUUAAAUCGACACGAGUUGCGAAUUACCUAUUCGCACAUGUAUCGUACAACGUUUUACAGUACAUAUGGCCCUUUAAAUGUUCGACACAGUAACGUAAUAUGCUACUUCUCGCACUAGUGCUAUAAAGUAGCCCCAUAUGUACUGUAAAAACUUUUUUAGUUGGAGGCAGGGGUGCCCACUCUGCCCGGGUCCCAAGACUAAUAUGGAUCGGCGAGCAAUAUUCUAGGGUGACAGUGUCGAUUCCCCUGUGCUUUGUGGCAAGCUCUAUGAACCACAUUACCAAGAUCUAUUGGAGCUACUGAAGACUAUCGAAGUUUUCAGUAACACUCAAAAUGAAGUUUGGAAUUGAUACUCGUAAGUGUGCGGUUAUGGAUGUACAGUGGGGAUAAUCCACAACUUUUGGAGGCAAUGUCUCUCUGAGAAUCAGAAACCUAUGAAUGAAAUAACUUGGUAGGCUUUUCGGAAUUUUUAUUAAUGUUAUUAAUCGAUCAGGUUUGUUUUGUGGAUCAAAUGUCCAUAUGGGACUCAAUGCAUUAGAGCAAUACAAAAGUCAAAAGUGAUAUCCAAAAUCUGCCAAUGAUAUAAUAAAUAAAUAAAUAUUAUGGGACAUUAUUACACAAAUUGACUAAGUCCCACAGUAAGCUCAAUAAGGCUUGUGUUGAGGGUACUUAGACAACGAUAUAUAUAAUAUAUAAAUAUUUAUAAAUACUUAAAUUCAUAGAAAACACCCAUGACUCAGGAACAAAUAUCCAUGCUCAUCACACGAAUACAUGCCCUGAUAUAUUCUACUUACGAUACGCUCCUGACAAAAUGGUAAGCAAUCGUGACGUCACUAUUGAGCCGUCUUGAAGUUUGUAAAACUAGGAAAUUGCGAGUAUGUCGGUGAAAUAUUGCGUUUUUGUGUAUACUCGCUGUACAAACUUUUUGUAACAAAAUGUAAGAAUUCGAAUAGUACCGAUUGUUUUUUUCCUAUUUGAAAGUUUGAUAUUCUGUGUAUUUUAUCAUUUCCAAAUAUUUUUAAAAUGUCCAAUUUAUUGCGAGCAAUUGCUCAUUAUCUAUUUAUUUUACUGUAUUUUAUAUUAAAAUUGUUAUCAAUAUCUUCGAUAUGACGUCACACUUUCAAUCCGGAGGUCGCGGGUUCAAAUCCAGGCUCGUACCAAUGAGGUUUUCGGAACUUAUGUACGAAAUAUCAUUUGAUAUUUACCAUUCGUUUUGCGGUGAAGGAAAACAUUGUGAUGAAACCUGCAUACAUCUGUGGAGAAAUUCAAAGGUGUAUUGUGAAGUCCACAAUCCGCAUUGGGUUAGCGUGGGGACUAUAGCCCAAGCCCUCUCGCGCAUAAGAGGAAGCCUGUGCCCAGCGGUGGGACGUAUAAAGGCUGAAUUAUUAUUAUAUAUAGUACCACAAGAAGUGUAGUAGGUACUUUCAACGACUGGGUAAUGCCUCUACUCGCAAACUCUUGGCAGAACUAAAGUGAACCCGACUGGGAUGAGCUACAUGAUUGUUUAACCCUUUACCAGGCUAAGGGAGAUAUAUUUCCUACAUACGGCACUUCAAACUUGUGUUCUAUUUUCGAUGAGUAAGACUGACAUUUGAUUUUUAUUUUUGAACUGUCAGCCUGAUAAAGGGUUAAAGAAAGUAUUGUUAUGUUUAAAUGAUUACACUGCUUAAUUGUACAUUUCCAUGUGUUAUGUGUGUAUUACUUUAGAUUUGACAUAUUUGAAUUAAGAAUUCUAUUAGGCUUAGGACUUUGUUGCAAAUGUUUGUAUAAAUUACAUCUGUCAUCUAAUGUAAAAAUAAUUAACUAAAAAUAUAUAAAUUAAAUGAA